AUGCACACACAUCAUUCACACAGUGGUGACUAUGUAUCUCAUGCAGUGGACACUUUAAAUGAUAUGGUAGAACUCUACUAUAAAAAGGGAUUUCAAAUAAUAUGUUUAACUGAACAUAUGCCACGAUUAGACAACAAAUAUUUGUAUCCUGAAGAAAUUGACAAAUCCUACACUAUAGACAAUUUGAAUGGUGACUUUACAAGAUACUUAAAUCAUGCCCGUGAUUUACAAUUGAAAUAUGCCACUAAAGAUAAGAGUAGUAGUGGGAAUAUGAAAAUAAUUAUUGGGUUUGAAGUUGAAGGAAUAAACAUAGAUCAUAUAAAUUAUUCACAAGAGUUAUUGAAUAAAGUGCAGAUGAGUGUUGGAUCAGUUCAUUUUGUUAAUGAAAUCCCCAUUGAUUUCAAUAAGGAAUUAUGGCUUAAGGCAAGAGAAUCCACUAAAAGUAAGACAACUCGUGAAUUGUAUAAUGAUUAUUUUGAAUUACAAUAUAAAGUUAUAACACAAUUGAAACCUACCGUUGUGGGACAUUUUGAUUUGAUUCGAUUAUUACAACCAGAAGAUGAUAUCGAUCCAACUACUGGUAAACUAACUAAAGAUGUCAAUUUAGAAAUUGAUUGGCCUGAUAUUUGGCAAUUGGUUAUUAGAAAUAUCAAAUUUGUUAAACUGUAUGGUGGGUUGUUUGAACUUAAUUCUUCUGCCUUGAGGAAAGGUUGGGAUACACCAUAUCCAAAACGAGAUAUUGCCAAUGCUAUCAUUGAAUAUGGUGAUUCCAGGUUUUGUUUAUCCGAUGAUGCCCAUUCAUUAUCACAAGUAGGUAUAUUUUAUUCAAAAGCUUGGGAAUAUGUUGAAUCAUUGGGUAUGGAAAAUAUCUAUCAUUUGGAUCUAGAUGAUAAUGGAGAAGUGGUAAUAAGUUCUAAAAAAAUACAAGAGCUCAACAAUUCUCUAUUUUGGAAAUAG